CGCAGCGGAGUCGUUACCGUCUGCGGAGCCGCGGAGCAGCACCGGCUGACUUUCACGGAGGCUGACCUUCUCUCACGGACCGAGCUCGGAUGCCCACGCCGGGCUAAAGCUCCAGGACUUUACCCGACAGCCCCCUCAGCAGGAUUUUCCAGCCCUCCAUCCUUCCUCCCUCCACCGGAGUCGGCUUAACGUCCCGGCGGCGGAACGAGCGCAGCAUGACGGAGCUGAGGAAGCGAGGCGGCGGCGGCGGAGACCCGGACAGCACCGACAACAUCAGCGACAAGGAGGCCGACGGGGAUGACAGACUCGGCCUGUCGGGCGACGCCGACGGAGAAGGCGACUGCGACCCCAAGGCGGACACUCCAGAUGUUCCUCUGUCCACAGCAGACACAGACAACACUCCAAAUUGCCUGAACAAAGCUCUGGAGGGGCUGCCGCCAAGAUGGAAGAACUACUGGAUACGAGGAGUUCUGUCUUUAGCCAUGAUUUUUGGCUUUUUCCUCAUCAUCUACAUGGGACCCGUCACUCUUAUAUUAGUGGUCAUGACCGUGCAAAUCAAGUGCUUCCAGGAAAUCAUCACCAUCGGCUACAGAGUUUACCAUUCCUAUGAUCUGCCGUGGUUCAGGACACUGAGUUGGUACUUCCUGAUUUGCGUCAACUACUUCUUCUACGGGGAAACGGUCGCGGAUUACUUCGGCGCCCUGGUGCAGAGGGAGGAACCCCUGCAGUUCCUGGCUCGCUAUCACCGCUUCAUCUCCUUCGCCUUGUACCUGGCAGGUUUCUGCAUGUUUGUGCUGAGUUUAGUGAAGAAACAUUACCGCCUGCAGUUUUAUAUGUUUGCUUGGACCCAUGUGACCCUGUUGAUUGUGGUAACUCAGUCCCACCUUGUCAUUCAGAACCUGUUUGAGGGGAUGAUCUGGUUUAUUGUUCCCAUUUCCAUUGUGAUCUGCAACGACAUCAUGGCCUAUCUGUUUGGGUUCUUCUUUGGGAGGACUCCACUCAUCCAGCUCUCACCCAAGAAGACCUGGGAGGGUUUCAUCGGCGGUUUCUUCUCCACUGUGGUCUUCGGCUUCCUUCUGGCCUACCUCCUGUCUCAGUUCCAGUACUGUGUGUGUCCCGUGGGGUUCAACAGCGAGACAAACGGGUUCACGGUCGAAUGUGAGCCGUCUGAUAUCUUCGUGAUGCAGGAAUACACUCUUCCUGCCGUGGUGCAAAACACACUGAGAUGGAAAACGGUGAACCUGUACCCCUUCCAGAUCCACAGCAUCUUCCUCUCGUCCUUCGCGUCGCUCAUCGGUCCGUUCGGUGGCUUCUUCGCCAGUGGCUUCAAGCGAGCCUUCAAAAUAAAAGACUUUGCCAGCACCAUCCCGGGCCACGGCGGCAUCAUGGACCGCUUCGACUGUCAGUACCUGAUGGCCACGUUCACACAUGUCUACAUAGCCAGCUUCAUCAGAGGACCGAACCCCAGCAAGGUUCUGCAGCAGCUGCUGAUGCUUCAGCCUGAACAGCAGCUCAGCAUCUUCCACACUCUGCACUCCCACCUGAGAGACCGAGGCAUGCUGCCGCCCGCCGCCGCCGCCCAGGCCAAGUGAGAGACGCCGCCAGCCUCACGGGAGGAUGACCGGAGAGAGCGUCGGGGGUGGUUUUCAAAGUUUGUGUAAGCAUGUACACACUCAUAGACACAACACUGACGCACACACACAUGCAGCAUGGCUGUAUGGUGUGCGAUCCCAGGCCUCCGUCGGAGCAUCCAUCCUCAUCCUGUCGACGCUUUACUCAACCUCCAACCAGCUUCAAAUCACAACUUUGGACCUGAGGUGACUCUCCAGACUGCAAGGGAUAACCUAGAAGUUAAAAAAAAAAAAAAAAAAAAAAAACAAAACACCACAAAGACAACGAGUGAAGCAGCAGUCGCCAUCCUACAAACUGAAGAUACGACGUCUCACUGAACAGAAGCGACUCUAAAGCACACGGCUUCCUCAGCGCGGGCGGAUGGCGGAGGUGCUGCUUCACUGUGGACGGCAAACAUUGCACUGACUUUAGCUGAAAAGAGUUAAAAAAACAAAAAAAACAGAGAUUUAAGAAGCUUCUACCAGCAUAAACUGGGCCCAGUGUGUUGGGCACGUGGACCUGAGCUCCAGCAAACAGACUGUGGAGGAACGUCUCCCUGGGUUUGGUGCAGUAACGAUGCAAACAUACUGUAGACACUGUUUUAUAGACUACGCUCUAUUAAUGGUCCUAACCUCACAGCUUAACUAAACAUGUAGCAUGUACGCGAGUCCUGUCUACAGCUAACUGAAGCCAUGUUUAUUCUCCACUUCCACCGCGUGAACUUUUAGCUUUUAGAGGUUUUUCUGACUAAAUCAAAGUAACUCGCACAAUAUAAGUCAACACCGAUUGACUGUAGGCAUGUUAACGCAGAGAGUAGAGCGUCGUCUGCGCACUCGACACUUGAAUUAAUGUAUUGUACAUAAAUAUAUUGAGAAUAUUUAGCUGAACAAAUAACUAAUAUAUAACUACUUAUGUGACCUGCUGCGGAAAAAGAAAAAAAAAAAAAACACUUUUAAGCUAUGAGAAAUGAUAUGCAAAAACAAAACAACAACAAAAAAAAGAUCAUUUGUAGCCUUUAGCAUGAGCAGAUUAGAUUUUUAACAGGUAGCGAUGUACAUUUGAUCUGAGGUUGCUGCUUAUUUUAGAGGGUGUUCCGGGUGAGCUUUUACUAGAAAUUGUGAAAAAAAACAAAAAAAACAAAAGAAUUUAAAGGAGGGA